CGACUCUCUGUUGCCUUGGCUACCUGAUUUUGUACACACAUCAUGAAAAAUAUUGCAAUUCCAGCAUCCCUAUCCCCAAACCACACACUUUCUUUAGUCUCACAUCCGUUUCUCCUGUCGUUGCUCGAAUCAUGUUGCGUAUACACAAAGAUAAACGGCAACCAGCCACCAAUUCUCUCUUCGACAUCAUCAAUUUGGAUGAUUACAAGCCCAAGCUGUAUCAGCAGUACAUUCGCAUGUCCGCUCUGAAUCAGACGAAGCUGAAUCAAGCUGAUCAGCGCAACUUGAAAGCAUUGAGCACUACAGUACCUCCAUUGCUGUUCAGAGCCUACUCGCUAGAAGGCGCAAAAAGAACAAAGGGGUUUUGUAGCCCAGAGUUCUUUCGUCCGCCUACAGACAUGAAUACUAACAAGUAUUGCUACGAUUCUCUUUUUGAUAUGCCCAUCGAGGAAGUAAAAGUGAUGGGAGGUAACCAUCUAAUGUGGAAGGAUCGAAACGACGAUCAGUUCAUCAGCUGGUCACGAUCCAUGCUUUUCGCCAUCGAGCACGCACUUGGCCGGUCACGAAAAGGUCAAAGCCAGUGUUAUAUCUCUGCGAUGGAGACCAGCCAAGCACAAACCACUUGCACUAAUACCAGAAAAGACGAACAGAAAGCCGAAUUCUUCUGGGCCACCGAUGUUAUGAACGCUUACAAGAUUCGGGAUUGGCAAGGCUGGCAGAACUUUGACCACAGCGGCUUGCAUCCACGCAAACUUACUCACGAAGUGUUGUCGGUUGGCGUCAUUCAGGUCAAUGACCAUACGAAGUACAACCAUGUCGACCUACAAGACUUGAUCAACUGUGGACUGUUUAAGGAAUACGAAUUUCCCGCGCCGUGGAGCGUUGAGUCCUGAAUAUAUUUGCGAAAAGGAUCUGCCUUGGGAGUCUCGCUACUACCAGGAAGUUCCUGAGAUCCCGACCGAAGACCUUUGUUUCGCCUUCCAAGCGGCACUCCUGUUUCGCAAUCAAGAUCGUGAAUAUAACUGUCGGAAAGUUUCA